ACAAUGUGUACACGGUUCGCGUAGAGAACGCUCUCGCUUCUCACUAGGAAAAUACGCCUAACGGUUAUAUUUCCCUAGGUUGCACGAACGAUACUUUGCUCUUUUAGCUUUCAAAUUACUUGUUUAAUCUUGGAAUUUCUUGGUGUUCUAGGCUCGGAUUUCAGCCCUCUUUCUUUUUCGUCGGUUAGAAUUUGAAAGAAACUGAAUUUUAGAGCUUGAACGAAGCCUUUUUUCUGCUCCAGCGCGCAGAUUUCACUGUUCACUCGCAGACUUCAAAUUGGGACUACGAUCUGUUUUCUGACGAUUGUUGCUGCAAAAGGGGGAUUGUUUGGGGGUCGCCACCCUCUGGCGAACCUCCCAACACCAUUUUCAAGGCCUCAAUCCUCUUAAAACUCCAGAAUCGAGGAAUUUUUUUUGAAGACAGGUUCUCCCCAAUUCUUUGCUACUGUAGCUUUGACGCAGGGCGGUUUUCUGUUUUAAUUUUUUCUGGAAGUGUUACUCAUGGGCUGAAAGAAAAAUUAUACUGUGUGAAUCGCCUUGCUAAGGGGAACUAUCUGUGAUUUUUUCAUCUUUUUCUGAGCUGUUUGGAAAAGCCGGUUACUGUUCAUCUUCUCCACACUGCCUGCUACAGUGUUUCCUGCACAUCCUGACUAGUUAGGAAUUCUUUCUGAACUCCAUAAUUGUCCGAUUGUCUAACGGAAGGUACUGAGCUGUUCCUAACUUCAAGGAGAACGUGUGAGAGUAUUUGCUGAAUUUUUGGGGUUGGUUUGGGUGGUCUCACUAAGGUGUACCUUUCACACCUCUCUGGGGACUCUUUAUAAACGGGGCACUGUUUAUCUUCUUCCCUGUAAUGGCAAAGAAGAACAAGCAAAACAGAACUCCACCCACUAAAGACAAGCAAUUUGAUGACAAGAUCAAAUAUCUGAAAGAGAAGAAAGCUGCUGUAUUGGUUGAGAAACUUAAGAAACAGGGGGUAAUCAUGCAAGUUCUACCGACUGAUGCUCCUGUUAUCUCUGCUAACUCAACCGAAGAAACUGACUCCAAUGUUGUCACAUCUGCUGGGGAAGUUAACCAGGAUAUUAAUGUCAUGCCUGCUACUGAAGUGGGGGGAUUUGAUAAUGAUGCAGCAACAUGUGCUAAACCUGGGAAUGUUAUUUCUCAUGCUGAAACACCUACACCUGAAGCUACGCCAGUUAAACCAGGGGGACCUGAGGCUACUGCUGAUGUAUCAUGUGAAACUGUGCCUGUCCUGGGCAUAGGUUCUGCUUCAUCAAGUGCUAUACCAACUAAGGAGCUGUCCUUUGUUAUGAAACCAGUGAACUAUGGGGAUGCUCCAAUCUUUGAAACUUCUGAUGAGACUGAGACCACCAUUGUGCCAGAUAGAUCCAUCUCCUUGGGCUCACAUGACACUGAGCCUCUAGGGAUAUUUGGGGCAGCCAGGGAUGGAAAUAAAGAGACAAAGAAAUGGAACUCUCUGUUCCAUAAUAACAGGGCACCAACAGUUGGUUUAAAACUAGAAUUCUUCCCCCCUACGGGGGAGAAGCUUGAUUUUUCACACCUUAAGGUACCUACCCUAAUUGAGGUGUGGGGUUACUGCCUGGUGGGUCAUUUUUCUGGCAGAUUUCCUGGGCUUAAAGCUAUACAUGACUUGACUGCAAAGUGGGGGGUCCAAGUUGAUGUAAAAUCACAUAGCAAGGGCUGGGUAAUAUUUAAAUUCAAAACUGAGGCAGACCGGCUGAAAGUGUUAACUGAGGGUCCUUAUGUCCUCUUUGGGAAGACUAUGUUCCUUAAAGAAUUGUCAGAAGAUUUUUCGGUUGACAGUGAAGAAUUUCUUAAAGUGCCAAUCUGGAUAAAGCUCCCAAAUUUAGCUAUGCGACUGUGGAAAGCAAAGGAGUUGGGUAUGAUUGCGUCUCAAGUGGGUAUCCCUAUCACCACGGAUAAGGUUACCCAGGAUAUUGUAUAUACCCACUUUGCAAGAGUUUUAGUGGAAGUAGAUGUCACAAAGCCUCCGGUGCUCCAAUUUCCUAUUAUUCCUCCCUCUGGGAAGGAAUAUAUGCAGCAAGUCAUCUUUGAAUCUUACCCGGACUACUGCUACAAUUGCAAGAUGUACGGCCAUCACCCUUUCAAUUGCUUAAAACUGAAUCCUCCAAAGGAAAAAAACAAGGUGGAUGCCAAUGCCAGGGUGAAAGGUAAGAACCCUACUGCCCGAGGGCAAAACAGGGUACCACCGGCGCAGGGGAGCAUUGCUAAGCCAGAACUGUUUAAACUGCCAGCCACUUUUGCUAUCCCGACUGCAACAAUGGAGCAGGAGAAAGAUGGUGACUGGGAGGAACUUGUAUGGGAAGGCCGAAAGAUUCUGAGUGUGUAUGAGCUAGAAGCUGAUGAUAUUGUUACACACUUUGAAACCAACAAAGAUGGUGUGCACGUGGCGUAUGUCAAAAAGAGGCACCAAAUCAAGAGCUACAUUUGUAUUGCUAGGCUGGGAACAAACCUCCAAAGAGAAGACAACCUGGAUAUACCGGCCAUCUCCUUCACUGACCCAUGCUUGGUUUCCUUGCCUGGGGUGAAGCGAACGUUCAAUUGGUAUGCCUUUAAUAAAGAAGUUUUUUUCCUUAAUGUAGCUUCUUUCUUUGAUAUCCAGGCUAAGCAAAACGUGGAUUUCCUAAGAGCUUUGGAUCAUUUAGCUUUGGAUGUGCCGAGCUCCUCUCAAUUGUUUCCAAAUGAGCCAACUGGUGAACUGCCUGGACCGAAUGGAAAGGCAGCACUGCAAGGUAGUAAAGUAGUGCAAACUGAUGAACUGGGCUCCCUCAUUCGCAACAUGCAUGAUAUGGCUGAAGGGGACAUUGUUACCAAGGUGGGCACCGAUGGAAAUGGCAAAAGAAUGGCGUGUGUAUGCUCGCCAGACCUGCUGCCAGUUGGAGUAACUACGGUUAGGGUGGGUUUUCAACUCCAAAAAGUGAAGGAUGAGGAUCCAGGGGUUACCUUCACUGAGUCCUUCAUCCUGUCAUACCCGGGUGUGAAAAAGAAAGGCGACUGGUAUGAAUUUCCUACUAAUGUUUUCACCCCUAAUGUUAUGAACUUCUUCAAUGCUAACCUUGCCAGGAAUAUUAAGUACCUAAAGGAGAAGCUUCGAAGGAAAAGGCAGGCUGAAAAAUCACAAGAUGGUGAGAAAGAUGACCCCGGGGAUGAGAACCAAUCCUCGAACCUCUACUUAUCUUGAUGAUUAAGAUUGCUUCUUGGAAUGUAAGAGGUUUAAAUAAAGCCUCUAAACAUAAUAUUAUUAGCAAUUUUAUUAAAAUUAAUAAGGUUAACUUAUGUUGUUUUUUGGAAACAAAAAUGACAAAAGAAAAUUUAAAAAAAUAUGUUACUAAUAAAUGGCCUGGCUGGCUAUGUGCAAAUAAUUUUGAACAUAUAACAGGCGGCCGAAUUGUGGUUCUGUGGAAUACGAAUUUUUUGAACUGUGUGGUAAGUGACAUUGAUACUCAGCAUGUGCAUGUUAAGUGUAUGUGCCGUGUAUCUCAAUUAUCUUUCUUUGUGACUUUUGUUUAUCCACUCUAUACUGUCUUGGAGCGCAAACUUUUAUGGGAUUAUCUUGCUAAUUUAGGUAGCCGGUUUACGGAACCGUGGUUAGUUUUGGGUGAUUUUAAUUGUGUUUGCGCUCCUAAUGAGAGAUUGGGGUCCACCCCACCCGUGGCUUAUAUGAUGCAGGACCUGGCUAAUUUUAAAAUUGUGGCUAACCUUGAGGACGCCCCAUCCACGGGAGAAUUUUUCACGUGGAAUAGGGGCUCUUUAUGGGCUAAGCUUGAUAGAGUCCUCUUCAAUGAGGUUUGGGAACAAAAAGGGAUUGUGUGUAAGGCCCAUUUCAAUGAAAUGGAGGCAGAGUUUGAUCAUACGGCUUCCGUAACAUCAAUACUCAUAAACUCCUCUCUUAGGCCGAAACCUUUUAAAUUUUUUAAUAUGUGGAUUAAGCAUCCGGAAUUUGCUAAUAUUGUCUUGCAGAAUUGGCCGGUUUCUGUUGAUGGUACAGCUCAAUACUCGUUUAUUAAGCGACUUAAGGCGCUAAAGGCACCUUUAAAGAAGCUUAAUGAAUUGGAGUUCGGGCAUAUCUCCGUAAAAGCAAAACUGGCUAAGGAGGAAUUUAAAAGACUAAACAAACUCAUGAUGGAAUCGCCGAUGGAUGAAGAACUUAAAGUGCAGUUGAUGGUGGCUAGGAAAAAAGCAACCUUUUUGGGGGAGGCUGAAACAUGUUUCUUUCAACAACGGGCCAAAGCCACGCACAUUCUGGAAGCGGACAAGGGCACACGCUACUUCCAUGCAAUUGUAAAGAGGAACGCUGCCAGAAACACUAUCUCCUCGGUUAUGCUUGAAGACGGAAGCUUUACUAAGUCUUUAGAUGAUGUAGGUGAUGUAUUUGUAAACUUUUUUGUUGAUUUAUUUGGAACGCAAGUGGAUACCCUUGACCUAGACCACUCGGUUUUAGGUACUGGUCCUCUGAUUGAACCAUGCGUUCAUGACGGCCUUCUUGCUCCGAUAACUGACAAGGAAAUUAAAGAUGCCUUGUUUGAUAUCGGGGAUGAUAAGGCACCUGGACCUGACGGGUUCUCCUCGGCUUUCUUUAAAGCCAACUGGAGUAUUGUUGGGGAUGACAUGGUACGGGCUAUUAAGGAGUUCUUUCGAACGGGAAAAUUGCUCAAACAGAUCAAUCAUACUGUUAUAGCAUUAAUCCCUAAGACUAGCCACUCCCCAAAAGUCUCGGACUAUCGACCCAUUUCUUGCACGAAUGUUUUGUAUAAAGUCAUUACCAAAAUUAUUGCGGCUAGAUUAACCCCGUGCCUUUCGGGGUUGGUUAAUCAAGCCCAAGGAGCAUUUGUGGAUGGUCGCCUAAUGUUUGAUAACAUCUUCCUAGCCCAGGAACUUGUUAGAGGAUACAAUAGGAAGCGAAUUUCGCCAAGAUGUAUGAUUAUGGUGGAUUUGCGCAAGGCCUACGAUACGAUAUCUUGGGAUUUUCUUGAAAAAGUCCUAAUGGGUUUGGGCUUCCCGAAUCGUUUUGUUGCAUGGAUUAUGGAAUGUAUAUCAACGGCAUCGUUCUCGGUUUCCUUAAACGGGUCGUUGUAUGGCUUCUUUAAAGGAAAAAGAGGAAUACGACAGGGGAUCCGAUGUCCCCAUUGCUUUUUGUCUUAUGUCUUGAAUACUUCUCUCGGUUACUCACAGUGAGAACCAAAGGAGAUAAUUUCAAUUUCCACCCCCAAUGCUCUUCUUUGGGUAUCACCCAUUUGGCCUAUGCGGAUGACCUUAUGCUCUUUUCGAGAGGUGACACAUAUUCCGUAGAAAUAUUGGUCAAUGCUCUCAAAGAAUUUGGGGACGUAUCGAGCCUUAGAGUGAACCACGGGAAAUCUAAUAUUUUCGUGGGUGGGGUGAGGGACCAAGAACUUCAAAAUAUUCUGGAUAUUGUUGAUUAUGGGCAAGGCGUAUUUCCGGUAAGAUACCUUGGAAUACCUCUUGCCCCACUUAAGAUCUCGGUUGCACAAUAUGCCCCCUUACUUGACACGGUCAAUGAUUUUUUAAAGGCAUGGAAUACCAAUACGUUGUCCUAUGCUGGCAAAAUUGAGCUAAUUCGAUCAGUGAUCCAAGGGGUCCAGUCGUUCUGGCUCCAGGUCUUCCCCGUCCCUCAAACUAUUUUAGAUAGAAUUGUCUCGAUUUGCCGUAUUUUUCUUUGGGGUGGUAAGUUUGCCAAGGUGGCUUGGGAUGACAUUUGUCUUCCUAAAGAGGAAGGGGGUCUUGGCAUUCUUAAUGCCAAGGUGUGGAAUCAUGCCCUCCUCUCUCGCACCCUUUGGGACGUCCACAUGAAGAAAGACACCCUUUGGGUGAGGUGGGUGAACGGUGUCUAUCUUAAGGGUAGAACCGUGUGGGACUUUGUCCCACACACCCGAGACUCACAGCUAAUGAAGCGGUUGAGUCUCAUUCGGGACAGGAUUCGGUCUGGUUUUAAUAACCACAAUGAUAUGAUUUUGGGACUUAGUUCUCGCGCCACGAAUGGUAAAUUAGCCUCCGCUAAGGUUUAUGAGCUGUUGAGAGUUAAGGGUGGAGCUAGGACACCUAUGAGUUUCAUAUGGAAAUCCUACAUCCCCCAAAAAUUCUCGUUCAAUGUAUGGUUGGCUUUGAGAAAUCGGCUUCCUACGCAGGAUAGCCUCGGGUAUCUCCAUAUUGUGAACCGGUGUGACUUAUGCAAGGGUGGUUUGGAGACAAUACCACACCUUUUUUUCCUUUGCCCCUUUACUUGUAAGGUAUGGCAGCAUAUCCGGAACUGGAUGGGACUACGGCAUGAGAUGAAGACAAUGCUUAGCGCAGUCAAAUGGAUCACAAAGACUCACAAAGGUUCGAAGUUGAAGGCUAAGGCAGCUCGAAUUGCAUUUUGUGCAACUGUCUACUACAUUUGGCAUGCACGGAAUGUAAUCAGAUUUGAUGAUGGCAAGAAGACCGAAGAAGAUAUUAUAAUGAAGAUCAAACAUGUGGUGUACAAGAUCCUUUUCAGUAUCUACCCGCAUGAGUUGGUUUGUUUUUAGAAGUGGACAUAAAAUAAUUUUUGGGAGCCAUGGUGCAUAGAAGACUGCCGGUAUGGACAUGGUUUGCUGCUUAGACGUGGCUCCAUGUUACACAUAUGCCGCGGCAUGGACAUUAUGGAUGUCGCGGCCUAGGGACUCUACUACUACACGGCAUGUAUGUUUAUCAAUCUUGUGGCAUGGAGAAGUGUCCAGGACUGGAUUCCGAACUUAGAAGAUCAAGGCAUGGGCUCUAGUUAUGCCGCGGCAUAAACCGGAUCCUUGAUGGGUUUUGGGUGUUUGUUUCUUGCAACACCUGUGUAAUUCUUAGAUUUUAGCCUCUGAUCUGUGUGCUUGCAUGUGCGGCACCGAUGUAUUUUUGAGUUAUAUUCUGAUGGGCCGAGUAAUUAUACUUGGUUAUUUUGGCAUGGAGUAGAUCAAAGAAAAACCUCUUCUCACCCUCACACUAUGUGGGGUGGGGGGUAGGAGAUCUUGAU